CCCACAGUGUGCAAACACCCUAAAAGGUAAGGUUACUCAAAUACAAAUAUAUGAACUACAUUCCUGCUUUGUUCUUCAUUUACAGUAUGUGGAUACCAACCCGGUCUAGUAAGGGCCACCCUGCUGAAAGAUGUGCUUUGCCCCUAAACUAAACAUUCAGGCUGUGUUUUACGAGGUGUUUGCACCUGCCUGAUUGGGCUUCAGUUGAGGUCUAACCAGGUAUAAGAGCUGUGUAUGUGUCCUUGCUCAUCUGUUUGUGGAAGAAGCCUGCGACCUGACCACCUUUUCAGGAGUUCAACAAGAACCACAGGAGCAAUGGCGUUUCAGUCCAAUGCGAUCAGCGCGCAGCCUCAGGUCACUGUCACUCAGUACAGUGUGUCCUCUGGAUUAACAGACUGGAGUUCUAAUGUUUGUGACUGCUGUGAGGACUGCGGCAUCUGUCUUUGUGCAUCCUUCCUCCCGUGUAUCCUGGCCUGUCAGGUGGCUCAGGACCACGGGGACAGUUGCUGCCUGGCUUGUCUUCCUGGGGCCAUGAUCGCUCUCAGAACAAGCCUCCGCAGCAAAUACCACAUUGAAGGCUCGGUGUGUGAUGACUGGGUGGUCAUGGUCUGCCUGCCUCUGUGUGGACUGUGUCAGAUGGCACGGGAGCAGAAGACGAGGGGAUUAAAAUAAAGGAUGUUUAAUCGAAUUUUAAACGGCAAAAAUAUAGAAAUAUAUACUAUAUAGUUUGUGGUUUUAGAUUCAAAUUAAAAAAAUGAUGGGCAUAAAGAUCAAUCAUUUCUAAAUGCCAUUGAGCAUAAUUAGUCAUGUAAGAGCCUGAUAAAUGGACUGAAAGACCAUUUUGAUUUCAUGCAUCAUGCUUUAUUAUUAUUUAACAUACAAUAGCUGCAAGACUACAUGUGAGAUAAUACAGAAAUAAUUCAAAGUAAAUUGUAAAUCAGUGUGAUGAUACUUUGUUCAAGCACCAAACCACGAACAAUCUGAAGAAGUAAAUGUUGAAACUUACAGCAACGACAGAUCUGCAUUUGUUUAAUUGUGAAUUUAUACAUUAACUGUUCUGACAUGGAAUAUAACAUGAAUACUGAUUUUCUUGAAAACAAAAUUAAUCAAUAAUGUGUAUAAGGCAUUCAUUUCCUAUUUUGUAAAGAAGCAUUCAUGUGGUAAAUGUGCUUUAUAAAUAAAGUGACUUGACUUAAA